CUGUCUGCCUCUCCCCCUGAGAGACAAAAGAACUCUGAGAAAGGAUCGUCCCCUACGAUCAGAAUCAUAGAUCUAGAACCGAACUAACUGAAGCACAUUGUAGCGCGUGCAUUCACCCAAGAUGGCGAAGGUGGGCGCCUUGGGAUUGGCUUGGUUGUGUUUCGCUUUGCUCGCCACGAGUUCCCAUGCGGAUCCUAAAGCCAUUCCCAUAGAUGCUAUAGAAGUUGUUCCCCCAGGCACCCCCGUAGAAAGUCCUCCUUCUCCUCCUGCUAGUCCUCCUCCUCCACCAGCUACCGUAGGCUCUCCAGUAUUUGCUCCCAUUGCUCCCAUUGUUGCUCCGAUUUCCGGCCCAGUUUCCAGUCCACCCGCUGUAGGCAAGGUUAUGUUCUGGGAUGAAUUCUACACCAACUUUGGAGAUAAGAACACAGUCUUUCCCGGAACUCCAACUGGAAGCACGAUUCAGCUUGGUCUCGACAACACCACUGGAUCUGGAUUCCGAUCCAAGUACCCUUAUUUGUAUGGCCACCUUUCCAUGAAGCUCAAGCUUGUGGGCGGUAAUUCGGCCGGUACCGUGACGUCCUACUAUCUGGCUUCAGUCUUCACGAAAUGGUGCGAGCUCGACUUCGAGUUUCUAGGAAAUGUGUCCGGCCAGCCCUACAUUCUGCAGACCAAUGUGUUCUCGGAAGGAAAGGGAGACCGCGAACAGCGAAUCUACCUCUGGUUCGACCCCUCUGCCGACUACCACUCAUACGGAAUUCUGUGGAACGAGAAGCUCAUCCUGUUUUUGGUCGAUGAUGUUGUGAUCCGAGUCUACCACAACGUUGCCGGCUUGGGAUCAGAGUACCCUCCUUACUUGACCUACCAGCCCAUGUACAUCUACUCCAGCAUCUGGAACGGAGAGAAGUGGGCCACUCGGGGAGGAGCUGACAAGACCGACUGGAGCCAGCAGCCAUUCCUGGCCUCGUACACUGAGUUCGACGUCGAGAACGCCUGCAAAGUGAAGGGAGAGAACGACAACGAGAUCAACGUGUGCAACGAGCAGCUGAAGACCAGCUCGUACAACGACGCCGCUCACCAGACGCUCACCGAUGUGCAGAUUGAGGAUCUCAGGAGAACCAGGGACCAGUACAUCAUCUACGAUUACUGCACCGAUGCCAAAAGGUUCAACGUGACUCCCGUCGAGUGCGCUAUCAACUGGCCCUGAUGAGAACCUCCACGAGGACGAAUCGCUCAAUUAAAGUAACCACUUUUUCUGAAGCUACGAUUGGCAUUCAUUCUACUUCAAUCCAGUAGAGUGCGAAAUUCUGACCAGCCGGAUCCGGGAGAUCUGCAUGUUCGUGAUCGGUGAACGGUGGUGUGGCUGGUCAGCAACAAAGCUCACCUGCAAGUGAUCUGCGAUUUCGUGUAUUUUUAUUAUUUUGUCUACCUCUCCGAUAUCGAUUGAUGAAUAAAACGGAUUCAGGAUUCAGGCUCUAGGAGCUGGUCCACAUUCACAAGC